AUGCACCCACGUGGAGGCACUGCACCCACGUGGAAGCACUGCACCCACGUGGAAGCGCUGCACCCACGUGGAAGCGCUGCACCCAUGUGGUGGCACCGCACCCACGUGGAAGCACUGCACCCACGUGGAAGCACUGCACCCACGUGGAAGCACGGCACCAACGCGGAGGCAAUGCACCCACGUGGAAGCACUGCACCCACGUGGAGACACUGCACCCACGUGGAAGCACUGCACCCACGUGGAGACACUGCACCCACGUGGAAGCACUGCACCCACGUGGACGCACUGCACCCACGUGGAAGCACGGCACCCACGUGGAGGCACUGCACCCACGUGGAAGCACUGCACCCACGUGGAGACACUGCACCCAUGUGGAGACACUGCACCCACGUGGAAGCACGGCACCCACGUGGAAGCACUGCACCCACGUGGAGGCACUGCACCCACGUGGACGCACUGCACCCACGUGGAAGCACUGCACCCACUCAUUGGCAAAUUGAAUGCACCCACGUGGACGCACUGCACCCACGUGGAAGCACUGCACCCACGUGGAGGCACUGCACCCACGUGGAGGCACUGCACCCACGUGGACGCACUGCACCCACGUGGAAGCACUGCACCCACUCAUUGGCAAAAUUGAAUGCACCACGUGGACGCACUGCACCCACGUGGAAGCACUGCACCCACGUGGAGGCACUGCACCCACGUGGAAGCACUGCACCCACGUGGAGGCACUGCACCCACGUGGAAGCACUGCACCCACGUGGAGACACUGCACCCACGUGGAAGCACGGCACCCACGUGGAAGGCACUGCACCCACGUGGAAGCACUGCACCCACGUGGAGACACUGCACCCACGUGGAAGCACGGCACCCACGUGGAGGCACUGCACCCACGUGGAAGCACUGCACCCACGUGGAGACACUGCACCCACGUGGAAGCACUGCACCCAUGUGGAGGCACUGCACCCACUCAUUGGCAAAUUGAAUGCACCCACGUGGAGGCACUGCACCCACGUGGAAGCACUGCACCCACGUGGAGACACUGCACCCACGUGGAAGCACGGCACCCACGUGGAGGCACUGCACCCACGUGGAAGCACUGCACCCACGUGGAAGCACUGCACCCACGUGGAAGCACUGCACCCACGUGGAAGCACUGCACCCACGUGGAGGCACUGCACCCACGUGGACGCACUGCGCCCACUUGAUGGUAAAGUGAUUGCACCCACGUGGACGCAC